AUGGAUCCUGGACAUCAACCUCAUCGGGACGUUCUUCGUGCUUCGUGCAGCAGCUCAGAUCAUGCUCAAGCCAGAGCCAAUUCGAUCUGCCAUCGAUGGGCGGCCGCUAUAACGAGGCUCGAUCGUCAACUUCUCCUCCGUCCAAGGCCUGGUCGGAAUCACGCUAUCGACAGCAGACACUACAAGCAAGCCCGGCGUGCCCGGUUCAUCAGGACUGCUUGGAACGAUUACGCCAAAGAUGGCAUUCAUAUCAAUGCAAUCUGUCCAGGAUACACUGUGACCCGAAUGACAACCAGGCAUCCGUUGGUACGGCGGGCAAUGUAA